GAAUGACAUGUUUAAUUACAAAAAUGGUGUUCGGGGGAGAAGCGUGUAAACCUCUCGAGAAGAUUCUUUCAUCGUCUUCCCCCACCCCGGAGAAAACUGCAUAAAGGGUUCUAAGAAAAUUCUCAACUUGGAACCGAUAAAAAAUUUCGUCUUUUCAAGUUUUAAUAUUUGCAGAUUUGCUUGUUGUUGUUCAAAGGGAAGAUGCAAGGAGGUGGUAGAGAUCCUUUCAACUCUGGUGGUCCUUUUGGUGGCCCUUUUGGUAGCCCUUUUGGCAGCCCUUUUGGUGGCCCUAACAACGGUUCACCGAAUCUCAUGUCUAACUUCUUCGGAGGAAGAGAUCCGUUCGAUGACCCUUUCUUCACCCAGCCUUUUGGUGCUGGCAUGUUUCAGUCCAGCUUCUUUGGUCCCACCAUGGAUCCUUUCGCUGGAAUGCGUCCUCCUCCUUCAGGUUUUAUCGAGAAUCAUCACCAGCCACCACCACAGCAGAGAAGGUCUCAUGGACCGAUUAUUGAAGAGAUUGAUUCAGACGAUGAGGGUGAAGGGGAUGGAGAUAAAGAGAAGAAAGUAAGGCUAGGGAAACAUGGCAGGUCAAGCAAUGAGACUGAAACUGAAGACGCUAGAGCUGAAGGUGAAGAUACCAUUUUAUCUUUUUUCUUCUUCUGGAGAUUGUUUUGUUUCUUUGUAACUGACUGUGUGUUUAUGUUUAUAUCUGCAGAGAGAAGGAACAGACAAAUGCAAAACAUGAAUGUCAAUGCUAUGGUGAACAAUGGGCAAUGGCAGCCACAAACUAGUAGUUACAGUUUCCAGAGCUCCACUGUUACAUACGGUGGUCAUGACGGAAACUACUAUACUUCAUCCAAGACCAGAAGGACAGGAAGUGAUGGGUUAACUCUUGAAGAAAGCAAAGAAGCUAAUACUGCAACACGCGAAGCGGCGCACAGGAUUUCAAGAGGCUUACAUAACAAGGGCCACACAGUUGCGCGUAAACUUAACUCAGAUGGUCGUGUUGAUACAACGCAGACCUUGCACAAUUUAAAUGAAGAUGAGUUGGCUGAUUUUGAACAGUCUUGGAGUGGAAAUGCUAGAAUGCACUUACCCGGUUCGUCUGGUUCCUUUGGCAGUGGUCUUGUAAACAGAGAGCAACCAAUGUCGCUUCCUUCAACUGAUCCAAGCUCUUCUUCACGUGCAAGAGCAGAGUCAUCCGGAAGACCAAAGGCUGCAAUGAAUUUUAGAGGACAUGGCAGAAACUAAAUCUUAGGACUAUCAUGUCCUGUUAGUGAAUGUAACCGAAGACUAUAUCAUCUACUUAACUCAGGGUGCAUCGAUAAUGUAGCCUGUAUGAUGACAUAUGACUUUGAGGCGCUUAUGAUAAUGAUAUAUGCAUGUUUUUAUUACAUUAACCUGUUCUUAGCUGCUUGUAAUCAAGUAAUCAGAUCAAGGCUUUUCUUGAGCCAUAGACAUAUGCUCGAUUAUCUUAGUGCGAUUCAGUUUUUGA